GCGACAAUUUUGAGUUGACGGUAGACUAAUACCGUAAAACUAGAUGGAUACCAGUUCCGAGGCAUCCCCUUUGAGUGUUCCAGACCAUGUUUUGAGUUCCGGUGGCAGGCCGAUGCCGCUUUUGGGUUUCGGCACCGCCGCUUCUCCCCCGGUGGGAUCGCAAGUUACUAAAACCGCGAUUCUCCAAGCGAUUGAGCUUGGUUACCGCCACUUCGAUACAGCUUGUUUGUACGGCACAGAGCAGCCACUUGGCGAAGCAAUCGCCGAAGCGGUUUCAGUUGGGUUAAUUGAAUCUAGAGAUGAGCUCUUCAUCACUUCCAAGCUCUGGUGCAGUGACGCCCAUGGCGAACUUGUUCUUCCUGCCAUUCACAGGAGCUUAAAAAACCUGAGGUUGGACUACCUUGAUCUUUAUCUCAUUCACUGGCCAGUAAGCUCAAAGCCUGGGAUUUACGAGUUUCCCAUAAAACAAGAAGAUUUCUUCCCAAUGGAUUUCAAUGCGGUAUGGAAAGCCAUGGAAGAUUGUCAAAGGCUUGGCCUAACAAAGUCUAUUGGUGUCAGCAAUUUUUCCUGCAAAAAAAUGGCUCACAUCCUUGCUUUUGCUAAGAUCCCUCCUGCUGUUAACCAGGUAGAAUUGAACCCAUUGUGGCAACAAAAAAAGCUGAGAGAUUUCUGCAAGGCAAAUGGUAUCCUCUUGACUGCUUAUGCUCCACUGGGAGCCAGAGGUACCAUUUGGGGCACCAAUAGAGUUCUGGAGUGUGAAUUGCUCAAUGAAAUUGCUAAAGAAAAAGGGAAGACAGUUGCUCAGAUCUGUUUGAGGUGGGGGUUUGAGCAAGGGAUCAGCAUAUUGGUGAAGAGUUUCAACAAGGAGAGGAUGAAAAGCAACCUUGAGAUAUUCAACUGGUCGUUGAGCCAAAGAUGAACUGAGAAAGAUCAAUGAUAUCCCACAAACCAGAAUUUGCAGUGGAGAAGAUUAUAUCUCCAAAUAUGGGCCUUUCAAGACUAAAGAGGAACU